AUGUCAGAGGUGGGAGGGGCCAGCCCAGGUGACAACAACGGCUGGCCUCAUUUGUUCGACUCGUACUUUGGGAUGCCGAGCAACACGGUGGGAACCAGGUCCAGUGUCUGCUUGCUGGGUGAGUUUCCGGAGAGAUGCCAGUGCCAGGACCUGGAGCUAGACUGUGACGACUCGAGGCUGCAUGACAUCCCCCUGGUCGCCACCAACGUCACCAUGAUACCCUCUCCUCUCACUACUGUCUCCUUCACCUUCAGACCCUCUCCUCUCUCACUACUGUCUCCUUCACCUUCAGACCCUCUCCUCUCUCACUACUGUCUCCUUUACCUUCAGACCCUCUCCUCUCUCACUACUGUCUCCUUCACCUUCAGACCCUCUCCUCUCUCACUACUGUCUCCUUCACCUUCAGACCCUCUCCUCUCACUACUGUCUCCUUCACCUUCAGACCCUCUCCUCUCUCACUACUGUCUCCUUCACCUUCAGACCCUCUCCUCUCUCACUACUGUCUCCUUCACCUUCAGACCCUCUCCUCUCACUACUGUCUCCUUCACCUUCAGACCCUCUCCUCUCUCACUACUGUCUCCUUCACCUUCAGACCCUCUCCUCUCUCACUACUGUCUCCUUCACCUUCAGACCCUCUCCUCUCACUACUGUCUCCUUCACCUUCAGACCCUCUCCUCUCUCACUACUCUCUCCUUCACCUUCAGACCCUCUCCUCUCUCACUACUGUCUCCUUCACCUUCAGACCCUCUCAUCUCUCACUACUCUCCCCUUCACCUUCAGACCCUCUCAUCUCUCACUACUCUCCCCUUCACCUUCAGACCCUCUCCUCUCUCACUACCAUCACCUUUCUCAAUUAUUUUCUGCCAGCUCCCCCUCAGGAAGAAGAAAACAAUUUGA